ACGUAGCUGUCAUGAGACGUUCAAUAUCGGGCUAGACGGAUCUGAAGCAAAUAAUUUUGCUCUUGAAAAAAUUACUUAAAACUCGAUCGUGGGCAGCACAAAUGAAUCCGAAGGGCUAGGAAACGAAGCGAACCCGCUAGGGAAUAGUGAAUCAAAAAAACGGAUAAUAUUCGUCUCCGCUGUUGCCCGUCCCCUUACCCAGAGAUGGCCACCAAACCGGAUAUCAACGAAUACCAAAUGUUGGAACGGAUCGGCAGCGGUACCUACGCAACCGUAUUUCGUGCGAUGAAAAAGGCGACAAAGGAAAUUCUCGCAAUCAAGUGCGUGGAGAAGGCUUCGCUGUCGAAAUCGGCCGUGGACAACAUCAUUACUGAGAUUAGUCUGUUGAAAAAGCUGAAACAUCCGCACAUCGUGGAGAUGAAGGAUUUUCUGUGGGACGAUCGGUUUAUCUACAUCGUAAUGGAGUUCUGUAGCGGGGGUAGUCUCUCCGGGUAUAUUCGUCAAAAGCGGAAGUUGGAUGAGACGACUUGUCGGAUCUUUCUCAGACAGCUGGCGUUGGCACUGAGAUAUAUGCGAGAGAACGAUGUGAGUCAUUUCGAUUUAAAGCCACAGAAUUUGCUGUUAAUGAGAUGCACCGGUGGUAGUAGCGGAGGUGGAGGGAUUUCAUUGAAGGUAGCCGAUUUUGGUUUCGCCCAGCAUUUGAAACUGGGACAGGAGAAUACUUCAGUGAAAGGUUCACCACUUUACAUGGCACCGGAGAUUCUGCUGAAACAUUGCUAUGAUGCGACGGCUGACCUGUGGAGUAUAGGAAUUAUUUU